AUGCCUGCGAAGAGAAAGGCGACCUCAACCAACGCAGGUAUUAACAAAGCCAGCAAAGAUACAGCCGCUUCUACGCCUGGCACAGCUCGGGCUCUUGACGAGAGUGAUUAUGAAUCUUCUAAUGCUAGUGAAGAAGAGAACGAGCAAGCCAAAGAGUUAAAAACACAGGUCUUAGCUAAGCUUGAUGCUCAGUCAUAUCAGACUCAGCGAAAUAAAACUUUAAUAAGAGGACGAGAUUCAGCAAGUCAAUACUUCGGUGACCACGAUUACUCUUACCUUUCGUUGAAACCAGAUCAUAAUAAUCGGCCUUUAUGGAUCGACCCGUCGAAGGCAAAUAUAAUAUUGGAGAGCUUCCUACCUCUAGCAUCCCACGCUCAAGAUUUUCUCACUACAGUGGCUGAGCCUCAGUCGCGUCCACAGUUUUUGCAUGAGUACUCUCUAACUCCACACAGCCUCUAUGCUGCGGUAUCAGUUGGUUUAGAUCCCCCAGAUAUAAUUAAUGUCUUGAAUCGGUUGUCAAAAAUGCCUAUUCCUGAAGGCAUCAAAGAUUUCAUUACAGGAUGUACUCAUAGCUACGGAAAAGUAAAACUAGUGCUGAAGAACAAUAAACAUUUCGUGGAGAGUUCAGAUCCUAAUAUGUUACAGCAGCUGCUAAAGAAUUCCGUUAUAAAUGGUUGUAGGUUCCAGGGUGCUGAAGCCAUAACAACCUCUGUAGCGCCAAAGAUGGGUGCACUUGUCAUACCUGGUACAAAAAAUGCCGCUGGUGUGCAGCAGACUGAAGCCCAGCCGGCCGAGCCUAAGCAAAGUGAUUCUGUUAGCCAGGAAGAUAUAUAUGCAACUCUAAAUGAAGAGGAUGACGAAGAUGAGGCGGAAGCAGUUCACUCUUUCCAGAUUGCGGAUGAUAGUGUAGAAAUUGUUCAGAAAGCAUGCUUGGAAAUGUCCCUGCCAAUACUUGAGGAAUAUGAUUUUAGGAAUGAUGAUGCCAAUGCAACACUCGACAUUGAUUUAAAGCCUGCCGCUCAAAUCAGACCAUACCAAGAAAAAUCGCUAAGUAAAAUGUUUGGAAAUGGGCGAGCCAAGAGUGGACUGAUUGUUCUUCCUUGUGGCGCCGGAAAAACAUUAGUUGGCAUUACUGCAGCUUGUACCAUUAAGAAAGGCGCCAUUAUUCUGUGUACAAGUUCUAUGUCUGUUUUUCAAUGGCGCCAGGAGUUUUUGAAGUGGUCCAAUAUCAACCCUAACGAUAUAGCUGUCUUUACUUCUGAUAACAAGGAUAAAUUCACCGGUAAUACUGGUAUUAUCGUUACUACAUACAAUAUGGUCGCUCAGAAAGGCAAAAGGUCUUACGAUUCUCAGAAGAUGAUGGAUUUUCUCCAGGGUCGAGAAUGGGGAUUGAUGAUUCUGGACGAAGUACACGUCGCACCAGCUCAUAUGUUUAGACGAGUCACCUCUAUAAUAAAAACCCAUUCAAAACUUGGGCUGACCGCUACACUUUUGCGCGAGGACCAGAAGAUUGGUGACUUGAACUUCUUGAUUGGUCCUAAAUUGUAUGAGGCUAAUUGGAUGGAGCUUGCGGAGCAGGGGCACAUUGCCCGGGUCCAAUGUGCAGAGGUUUGGUGUCCUAUGACAACAGAAUUCUACACUGAAUACCUCCGGCUUCCAAAGGCCAAGCAGUCACUACUGUGGAUCAUGAAUCCAAGGAAAUUUCAGGCCUGUCAGUUUUUAAUUGACUAUCACGAGAAACGAGGUGACAAGAUCAUCGUCUUCUCAGAUAAUAUUUACGCUCUCACGGCAUACGCAACUAAGCUUCGAAAAGUAUUUAUCCAUGGCGAAACAAGCAAUGCCGAGCGCUUACGCAUACUUGAAAAUUUCCAGCAUAAUGAUCAAGUUAACACGCUUUUCCUCUCUAAGAUUGGGGAUACUUCCCUUGAUCUUCCUGAAGCCACAUGUCUUAUCCAGAUUUCCUCCCAUUUCGGCUCGCGUCGUCAAGAAGCCCAACGUCUUGGUCGAAUUCUACGAGCCAAACGGAGGAACGACGAGGGCUUCAAUGCCUUCUUCUACUCUCUCGUCUCUAAAGACACACAAGAGAUGGUGUAUUCAUCCAAACGCCAGGCAUUUCUUGUCGAUCAGGGCUAUGCUUUUAAAGUUAUUACUCAUCUUCAAGGCAUAGAAAAACUUCCGGAACUUGCCUUUACAAGCCCAGCUGAGCGUCGAGAACUACUCCAAAACAUCAUGAUUCACAACGAAGCCGACACUAGCAAGGAUUAUGAAGAUGUCGACGACCUGUUUCACCGUGUCGAUGGUACUGGGCGACACGCAAAGAAGAAAAAGGGAGCACGUAGGACGGCAGGCAUGCUGAGUGAACUGGCUGGUGGACAGGAUAUGGCAUAUGUCGAGCAGAACAAGAGUAUGAACAAGGAAUUAAAGAAGAAGAAGGAAAGUAAUCCCUUCUUUAAAAAGCUACAACGUGAUCAACAAAAGCGACGCGUUGCUCUUGAAAGCGAUCCUUAG